AUGACCACUGUCUUCCCCACUCAGCGACUGCAUAACAAGACGGUGCUUGUCACCGGUGCUUCUGGCGGUAUUGGCAAGGCCACAGCAAUCCUCUUCGCCCGAGCUGGAUGCAAUGUGGUUCUCACCGCUCGUAGACCCGAUGAGCUCUCCAAAGCUGCCACCGAAUGCUCUCUCGCCAAUCAACAAGGCCAGACAGGCGCAGGAGGAAACUUUGCCGCCAUCACUCUCGACAUGCAAGACCGUUCCCAGCUCGAUGGCCUCAUCGACAGCCUUCCUGACUGGGCCAAGAACAUUGACAUCCUAGUCAACAACGCUGGCUUGGUCCUAGGCACGGACAAAGUUGGUGAUAUCUCACCAGACGAGAUUGACAUUAUGAUCGAUACCAACGUGAAAGGUCUGAUUCAUCUCACUCAGAUCUUUGUUCGCGAGUUCAAGAAACGCAACUCUGGUCACAUUAUCAACCUCGGCUCCAUCGCAGGCCGCGAGGGUUACCCAGGAGGCUCGAUCUACUGCGCGACCAAGUUCGCAGUUAACGCUUUCACCUCUGCUCUGCUGAAGGAGUUGGUGGAUACUCCGAUUAGGGUGACAGAGAUUCAGCCGGGCAUGGUGGAGACUUCCUUCUCCGUCACUAGGUUCAGGGGUGACAAGGGUGCGGCGGACAAGGUUUACCAGGGAUUGCAGCCCUUGACGGGCGAGGAUAUUGCAGAGGAGAUCGUUUGGGCUGCAAACAGGCCUGCGCAUGUCAACAUUGCUGAGACGCUAGUGUUCCCAGUCAACCAAGCUAGUCCUUAUCAUGCGUUCCGUGGCGGCAACUAG